GACAGAUCGAGAGAAAGGGAGAGAGGGUGUGAGUGUAGGCGUGCACUUCUCCAAUCAGUAGCAUGUGUCCAUUUACAGCUUCCUAACAAGUAAUCAUGCUGCUGACCACCAGCUAACUGGAAAAACAACUAUCCUUUCCCCUGUCCACACUGAAUCAGAGCGACACAGUGAUUUAAAGUGCAUUGGGACAUGGAGCUGUGGAACAUGACUGAUGAUGCACCUCCCAAGACGUCCUCACCUUUGUCUAACUGCACCUUGGACACCAGCUACCGCUUCACUUUAUACCAAGUGUCCUACAGUGUCAUCUUCCUGCUGGGCUUGGCCACCAACAGCCUGGCUCUGCGCAGACUGUGUCUCUCUCCCUACAUCAUCAACAGCACCGCCAUCUACAUGGUCAGCCUGUCAGCUGCUGACCUGUUCUUUGUGAUCUCCCUCCCUCUGAGAAUCUACUACUACCACCGAAAGGCUCAAGCCUUGUCCUCCGACACGGGAGAGCUGCCGAGCUGGGCUGCCGGGGAGGCAUACUGCCACCUAACUUUUACCAUCAAAUACAUCAGUCUGUACGGGGGCAUCUUCUUCCUGGUGUGCAUCGCUGUGGACCGUUACUUUGCCGUAGUGCACCCGCUGGCGUCUACGCUCCGCAGGCUGCGUGUUGCACAGCUGGUAAGUGGGGGGAUCUGGUUCCUGGUAUUGGGGCUGAGUGUGAGUUUGCCUCUGCUGCGAUCCGCAGCCGCUCACCAACACCAGCCCUGUCUGUUGGACCCGUCCUCGCAGCACCAUCAAACCAUCAUACUGGCAGCCCUGGGCUUAGUGCUGGGGUCAUUCCUGCUUCCCGCUAUACUACUGCUCUACAGUUACUGCAGAGUGCUUGGUGCGCUUCGCCAGCUGAGACACCGCUCUCGCAGCCAGCAUCGCGGCCACAGGCACACACUCACAGUCAUUUACUGGGUGCUGGGCGUCUUCCUCUUGUGCUUCCUUCCCUAUCACAUCAACCUGCUGGGAUACACCCUGACACAGGUGGGGCUGCUGUCCCAUUGUGGCCUGGCCAAGGUGACCAAGGCUGUGCACCCUGUGAUGUUGUCACUAGCCAGCGCCAAUUGCUGCCUUAACCCACUCAUUUACUAUUUCUCCAGCAGCCUGGUGCACAGGGAGGCGCCUGGUGGUGGAGGCAGUGGCAGCCGAUAACACAGAUCGUUUCAUGCCACUACUGAAAAAGACCAUCUUUAAGUAUUUGAGUAUUUUGUCUAUUCACAUUAAGUAAUCAGUCACCCAUACUGGGUGCACUACUUUGCGAGCAAUACUUUUAAUGUUAAAUAUGUAAUCUGUUUUUUGGCAUUAAUAGUAAUAGGAUGAACAGGUUUUGUGAGUAUUUAGUGUGCUGCAAAGUGUUGUGCCCCUGGGGCAGUCUGGUGUUCAGCGAGUUCUUUGUCAGCUAUGGUUGGCUUAGUUUAUUUAUUCUGUAUACUUUGUCAGUACAGUGUGUUUGUGAGAUUUUUGGACUUCUAAUAUGCAGUGAAUACUAAAUGUAUGUGGAAUUCUCCUCGUUUUACCAAAGUGCUGCUCCAACAUUACAGAGCACUCUAAAUGUUGAUCUUGUAUUCAAUGCUUUUAAAUGUGCAGAUAUUCUUUUUUCACGGGACAAUAAAUGCCAUAUUAGGAGGCUGUAUUUACAGUAUCUGUGUCUUCAUGUUGUGUGCCAUUAUAACAGGUGUACUACAG